UUAUAAAAUUUGUUUCCAUAACUCUUCUUCCGCGAACCGCCACCUCACCCGCCACCUCGCCGGAGAUCGCAAGAGGAGAGGAGGCGCACCCCGUCGCCGCCAACGCCAUGUGUGACGCCGCCUCCGGGCGGGGCCGCGUCGUCUACCCUCCCCGCUCCGUCGAGGACAUCUUCAAGGACUACCGCGCUCGCCGCUCCGCCAUCCUCCGCGCCCUCACCCACGACGUCGAGGACUUCUACGUGCAGUGCGAUCCAGAGAAGGAGAACCUGUGCCUGUACGGGUACGCGAACGAGGCGUGGGAGGUGGCGCUGCCAGCGGAGGAAGUGCCCACGGAGCUGCCGGAGCCGGCGCUGGGGAUCAACUUCGCGCGCGACGGCAUGAACCGCCGCGACUGGCUCGCGCUCGUCGCCGCCCAAUCCGACUCGUGGCUCCUCUCCGUCGCCUUCUACUACGCCGCCCGGCUCAGUAGUAACGACCGGAAGCGUUUAUUUGGUAUGAUUAAUGAUUUGAAAACUGUUUUUGAAGUUGUCUCUGGUGUGAGACAAUCUAAGGAGAGGUCCAGUAUGGACAAUGUUGGUAGAGCCAAGCCCGCAAUAAAGAUAGAAAAUAACGGAAAAGCAAAUGAAGAUGACAGUGAUCACGGUGAAACCCUAUGCGGAACCUGCGGUGGGAUAUAUAGCGGUGCGGAUGAGUUCUGGAUUGCGUGUGACAUCUGCCAAAGGUGGUACCACGGCAGGUGCGUCAAGAUAACUCCUGUGAAGGCGGAAAGUAUAAAACAUUACAAGUGCCCGAGCUGCAGCUCUAAGAGAUCUAGGCAGUAGCAGAACUUAUGGCUGCUGCAGAAUGCAAAGGUAUGCAAGCAGCAGUGGCGCGGGGCAUGGCGGCAUUUCAAAGUUGAGGCUCCAUUUGCAAGAUUAGUAGUAUCGUGCUGUCUUUGUUGUACCUCACGCUUACCUUAUCAUGAUGCUAAUGUGAGGAAAGAUCAAUAGAUAUCAGUUGUGAACUGACAUUUGACAAUUAAUUCACUUUAACUCGACUACCCUUGGUUA